AUGGCGUGCUUAGAGACGAUGGCUGAUCAUGGCGGCGGCCGGGAUCAGCAGUUGCAGCCUCUGACCGACGCCGAACACGGUUCCUUCCACGGUCUCACGCUCAACGAGGUCCAGAGCCGCCUGGGGGGGCCCCUGCACGGCCUGAGCCUCGGCGACCUCCUCGAGCAUGCCCCUCUCGUCGCCGACGGGCUCCGUUGCAGUGGGAGCGGCGGCGUGCCGCGUGUCCUGAGCAAGAAGACCAUUGUCGAGGCGUGGAGGGACAUCCAGCUGCGGCACGAGGAGGGGAGCAGUGAACGCGCUGUGCUCGGCGAAAUGACCGUCAAGGACUUCUUGCCGAAAGCGGGCGCGGCUGCACAAGGCACGGAUUCUGGUGUUGCGGACGCUCAUGCAGUGCGUUCCCCCGGCCGAGGGAGCAAUUCGUCGGCUGCUGCAGCGACCGCGCCGCCGCGUUCACGACGACGGAGGAGGGUAGCAACAGAGGACGUGGCCGAGAAGAUGGUAGAGCGGAGGCAGAAGAGAAUGAUCAAGAACCGGGAGUCAGCUGCUCGAUCUCGAGCAAGGAGGCAGGCUUACACGAACGAGCUAGAGAACAAGGUCGUCCUCCUUGAAGAAGAGAACCAAAGACUCGUGAAACACAAGGCAGUGUCCUUAAAUCUCAAACCUGAUACAUCUUUUAGCGCUUGGCAGCAAUAA